GAGUUAUACUUUUAUUUGCAAUUUCAAACUCUUAAAAAAACCUCUUGUCAAAAGAUUGCAUCUUUCAUGGUUAUUUCCCACAAGCUCAGUAGGUAGUGCUAAUACUUAGUACCCUAAUCUCCUUCAAGAGUGAAGAUGAAGCUGGCUGCUGUAAACAUGUCCCUACCCUUCCAUCCUGUCAGCCCAUUUUGGGACUCUACCCUAAACAUGCUUUGAACAGAAGCUCUGAACUCGGAUCUUGGGGCUGUGGCUGGAGGAGGGGAACAGACUCAGAGGCCGGCCCUAGGUAGGAGGGGCGAGGGAGCGAUCCGAGCGCCGGCCCCGCCCCUCGCAUGAGCCUCUUUUUAAAAAAGCGCGGGCGUGCCUUGCGCAGGCGCAGUGCUGGGGCGACGGUUAGCCGCGCAGGUGCGGUGGAGGGAGGAUGGCGGAGUUGGUUCCUUUUGCGGUUCCCAUCGAGAGUGACAAAACCUUGCUAGUGUGGGAACUGAGCUCCGGACCCACGGCCGAGGCUUUGCAUCAUUCUCUGUUCACAGCAUUUUCCAAGUUUGGCCUUCUAUAUUCAGUCCGGGUCUUCCCAAAUGCUGCAGUGGCCCAUCCUGGUUUUUAUGCCGUCAUUAAGUUUUAUUCAGCAAGGGCUGCCCGCAGAGCCCAAAAGGCAUGCGACCGGAAGCAGCUUUUUCAGAAAUCUCCAGUAAAGGUUCGUCUUGGCACCAGACAUAAGGCAGUUCAACAUCAAGCCCUUGCCCUGAACAGUUCCCGAUGCCAAGAACUGGCGAAUUACUACUUUGGUUUCAAUGGGUGGUCCAAAAGGAUCAUCAAGCUUCAGGAGCUUUCUGACCUUGAAGAAAGAGAAAAUGAAGAUAGCAUGGUGCCACUUCCAAAGCAAAGCCUGAAGUUCUUCUGUGCUUUAGAGGUGAUGUUGCCAGCCUAUGAUUGCAGGAGUCCUGGCGUUGGCUUGGUGGAGGAGCCUGUGGAUAAGGUGGAGGAAGGACCAUUAUCGUUCCUUAUGAAAAGGAAGACAGCCCAGAAGCUUGCUAUUCAGAAGGCUUUGUCAGACGCAUUCCAGAAACUGUUGAUUGUUGUUCUAGAAAGUGGUAAAAUAGCUGUGGAGUACAGACCCAGUGAAGACAUCAUAGAUGUCAGAUGCGAAGAAGAACUACACGGUUUAAUUCAAGUCCAUUGCUCUCCCUGGAAGCAGUAUGGCCAAGAGGAGGAAGAGUAUCUCUCGGAUUUCAGCUUGGAGGAGGAAGAGUUCAGGCUGCCAGAACUUGACUAGCAUUUCUGAAUAUCCCAAGGCGAGGUUGCCUAACUUCCUUGGGAAGCUCUGCCGUGCUGCUACCCAACCCCGCCCCACCACUGUAGGCUGCUGGAGUCCUGGGACCACCUAGGUCAGCCGCCCAAAUCUUUCCUGGUGAAGGGGAGGGAAAGGGUGUUCUGGUGGAGCGGGAAGGGAGGCUUGGGCGGGACUGUGGGAUAAGAUCGCCCUGGUGACGGGGAGCAAAUCUGGAAUGGAACUUAAUAAAGUUUGCCUAAAUAAA